AUGAAAUUCACAGCCCCCCUCUUCUUAGCUAUUACAGCUUUUUCGGCGAGCAUCAACGGCGUAGCUAUCCCGACGGAUUCGAAUGUGGAGAUUGUGAUUAAUGUGAAAGUAAGAAUACAUCCCCCUCUCCCUCAUUUUUAUUCCUCUAAUACUCUGUUCCUCUAUUCCUCUGAACUGCGACGAAGAAAUCAUUUGAGGCUUCGAGGACUAACUAAUAUGGUAAAAUAGGACGAUCCUCAAACGCAAAACUCCCCCCACGCCCGAGUCUUCAACGCCGAGACGCUUGACCAACCACUUGGGACGGAACUCUUCUGUUUGGGUGAGAAUAGUAUGUACACAUUUCCUCUUUCCUUUUUCCUCUUUCCUUUUUCCUCUUUCCUCAUCAACAACACUCAUCCCCUUCUUUCUCAUCAACCAUCCUAUCCACUAUCAAUAAUCUCUUCAUAUUUUCUUUCCAGAACAGAGACAGUUGUAGUUACUAACAAGAAAUAGUCCCAUGCAACACAGCCUUCGGCUUCGGCUGCUGCGAAGGCCUCCAAUGCGGCGUUACCAAGACCCUUUUCGGUCCGUUUUAUCAGUGUACGAAACCGAAGUAUCCUUGGGAGAGUGCGGUGGGUGGGUAUAAGGAGUUGCGUGCUAGAGGUGAGGGGAUGGAGGGUGUGGAUGUGAGUGUUGAAUAG